AUGGGCGAGCCGGGGUCGGAGGCGAGCGGGCCCGGGCCGACCCCUCCCGCCGGGCGGCGGACCUCCGCGACGCCGGCCGACGACCCCGAGGACGACAUUCAAUUCGUGAGCGAAGGACCAUUAAGACCUGUUCUUGAAUACAUUGAUCUGGUUAGCAGUGAUGAAGAAGAACCAGGCACUUCUCAUAGUGAUGAUAAUGUUAAACCUACAGACUAUAUUGACCAUCAGAAGGAUAAAGUUGCUUUACCUCUGGCUCGUCUAGCCCACCAUGUUGAAGUGGAGAAACAACAGAAAGAAGAGAAGAAUAGAGCAUUCAGGGAAACAGGUGAUUUUCAGCAUGCUCAUGGGUUACAAGAAUUGGAAUUUAUUCGAGGACAUUCUGACACAGAAGCAACAAAACUGUGUGUGGACCAGUGGCUAAAAAUGUCAGGUCUUAAAACAAGUACUCUUAAUUCUGGAGCAAAAAGUUCAUUCCGAAGACGAGGCCAAAUGCCGGUGUCUGAGAAACCGAUUUCAUGUCCCAUAAUGCACUGUAACAAGGAAUUUGAUAAUGGACAUCUUCUCCUAGGACAUUUGAAAAGGUUUGAUCAUUCUCCGUGUGACCCAGCGAUUACACUUCAUGGACCUUUAUUCAGUUCCUUUGCUUGUGUAGUAUGUAAUAAAAAUUUUGUUACUCAGCAGCAAUAUACAGAUCACCUUUCUGCUAAGGAAGUUGCAGAUAAUGGACAUAAAAGCAACCUUCUUCCUCAGAUUAUUCAGUGUUUUGCAUGUCCAACCUGCUUCCUUCUUUUUCGCAGCAAAGAUGAGUGUUUGAAGCAUAUGUCUGGGAAGAAUCAUUUUCAUCAGAGUUUUAAACUUGGUGAUAACAAGGGAAUAGCACAUCCAAUACCAUUUCCAUCUUUAGCUAAGAAACUUUUGAUCUCUCUUUGUAAAGAUGUCUCAUUUCAAGUUAAAUGUGUGGCCUGCCACAAGACAUUGCGUUCCCACAUGGAGCUUACUGCACAUUUCAGAGUUCAUUGUCGAAAUGCUGGUCCUAUAGCUAUAGCUGAGAAGAGUAUUACACAGGUUGUAGAGAAAUUUAUAUUAAAAGGUUAUUGUCCAGAUUGCAACCAAAUCUUUGUGGAUGAAAUCAGUACUGAAAAUCACAAGCAGAAUUCAGGACACAAUGUCCAAGUCAUUACCUCAGUGGAGGAAUCAAUCUUACUUUAUUGCCACAGCCAUGAAGUGAAUAAAUCUCCUUCUGAUUUGAACCUAUUACUUGAAAAGUCAAAAUGUUCAUCACUUAAAAGACCUAUGCCUAUACAAGAAUAUAGUGCACAAGAUUGUUGCACAAUUCCAAGAAAAAAGAUGAAUUUAGAAGAUAAGAGCCAUAUAGGUAUGGUUUGUGUUCAGAAAGAAAAGUCAGUUGUUAAAGCUUGGUUUUGUGAAUGUCAUCAACAAUUCCCUAGCGAAGAUGCAGUAGAAAAGCAUGUUUUCUCAGCAAACACUAUGUGCUAUAAAUGUGUGGUCUGUGGAAAAGUGUGUGAUGAUUCAGGGGUCAUUCGUUUACAUAUGAGUAGGUUUCAUGGAGGGGCACAUUUAAAUAACUUUCUUUAUUGGUGUCGAACAUGCAAAAAAGAGUUAACAAGAAAGGAAACUAUCAUGGCUCAUGUGACAGAAUUUCAUAAUGGACACAGAUAUUUUUAUGAGAUGGAUGAGGUAGAAAGUGAAACUCUGCCAUCAUCCUCUACAACACUGUUGAGUAAUUUGACCAAUAAUCCCUCUUCAGUUAUUACUGUUACCCCAGUGAACAGCUCUACAAGGGGUAAAUGGCAAUGCCGAAUUUGUGAAGACAUGUUUGAGUCCCAAGAAAGUGUGAAACAGCACUGCAUGUCUUUAGCAAGUCACCAGUUUCAUAGAUAUAGCUGUGUACAUUGCAAGAAGACUUUUCAUAAAAUAGAAACACUGUAUCGACAUUGCCAAGAUGAGCAUGAUAAUGAUAUAAAGAUCAAGUACUUUUGUGGGUUUUGUGAUCUUACCUUUAAUGUGGAAGAAGCCUUUUUGAGCCAUUAUAAGGAAUACCACAACACAGAUUAUGUGUUUGUGUCAGAAAAAACUGAAACUUCAAUUAAAACUGAGAAUGAUUUUACAGUAGUAGAGACCAGUAACCUGUUAAGCUGUGGUUGCCAUGAGAGUUAUAUCUGUAAAGUUAAUAGAAAGGAUGAUUAUAGUAAAUGUCUCCAGCUAAUGCUGGAAAUAGGUAAACUGUGGUUUUGCUGCAGUUUGUGUUCAGCAACAGCACAGAAUGUCAUCGACAUGAGGACACAUAUCGAUCAGGUACACACACAAGAAAAAGCUGAAGAAGAGGAGGAACAGAAAUAUGUCAUCAAGUGUGGCACCUGCACCAAAACAUUUCAUGAUGUUGAAAGUGCUCAGCAGCACAUCCAUAAUAAACAUUGCUUCUUACUGAAACCCAGUGUCCCUCAUUUUGGAGCUGAAAAAACAAGUCCGUACAAGUUUGCUGCCAGUAGCUCACGUACAGAGAGAAAACUGAACAAGCCGUCAGUUCUGAUUUUCAUGUCUACUCAGUAG